AUGAGCAUCUCUGGGGGCGCGGCGGCUGGGGCUGAGACGCGUAGCCCCCCCCCGGCCUCGCCGCGCGGAGAGGUUUGUGGUGAGGACGUCGCCUCGGGGGUGUCUGCUGCUGCUGCUGGUGCAGCCGUGUCGACGGUUUCUUGGACUGGGAGCUCCGCGGCGGAACUUGAGGAGGAAGAAGAGGAGGUCAUGGGGGAGAAGGAUGCUGUGCAGCAGGAGCCAGCGGAGGGAGGAGAGGACAUUACGGUACGACAGGAGGACCAAUUGAACGAGGCGGAGGAGGGGGAGGAGGAGGAGGAGGAGGAAGAAAAAGAAGUCCUAGUAGAAGAAGUGGAAGAGCACGUGCAAGAGGGGGAAGAGGAGGUGGAGGUCUUCGUACAACAGGAAGAACAAGAGCAAGUGGGAGAAGAGGAUGAGGAGGCGGAGGAAGGGAUCCUCGUACAACAGGAAAAAGAGGAGGAGGGGGAGGGCACUGCUGUUGACCUUGAGGAGAGAGAGGAGGAGGGGAUCCUCGUACACCAGGAAGAGGAAGAGGAAGAGGAGGGGGAAGACGCUGCUGUAAGGCAGGAGGAGAGAGAGGAGGAGGAGGAGGAGGAGGAAGAAGACAUGUUGCCACGAGAGCCGAUCGAGAGGAAGCAGCACCAAGCGGAGGAAAUCGUGCAACAGGAGGAGGAAGAGGAAGGCAUCUUGCCACGGGAGCCAAUCGAGAAGAAGCAGGACGAGGAGGAGGCAGAGGAGGCCAGCGCCAAGCGAGAGGGGCUGGCACAGCAAGAAGAGGACGAGGAGGACACGAGAGUCGUGCCAGCGUGUGACAGCGUGAAGCACGGGAAGGCGCCUCUUUCGGUCGAGGAGACGAUCGCGCGUUGGGCAAGGUUCUCGUGUGCCCGCAUCGUCGUGGACGCGUCCAUGGAAGCAGCAGCAGCAGCAGGUUCAAAGCCGCCGUCGCCAUCGUCGCCGGAGGCACCGGCGGCGUGCAAAGACCUCCCAGGGUGUGGCUUCUACCCUGCGGACUGGGACGACCUCCCGGGGUGCGGCUACUACCCCAAGCCCUCGCCCGCGCAAGAGGCCGGGCCCGCCGCUGUUGCUGUUGCGCCUGAUGUACCAGCGGCUGCCGCCGCCGUCGGUGCUGCCUCGGAGGCGUUGGCCGGUGCCGAGACCUUGAGCCCCUUGCCGAGCGACGACGAGGGGUCUCUCGAGGACGCCACGGACGACUCCGCUGCUGCUGCUGCUGCAGGCGUUGCUGCUGCUGAACAGGAUGGGUCUGGAGAGGAUUCUGCUGGUGAUGCUCAAGAAGACGGUUCUUACGACGAAGAAUGCGUUUCUUCUGCCACCGGAGGCGUGUUCGCGAUCUCUACCUGGUGCUCGGAGCCCAACGUGUUGGAGGACAUCGAGGAGGAGACGGAGGAAGAGGAGGGAGAAGAGGAGGAGGAGGACGACGACGACGAUGAGGACGAGGACUUCACCGCGUGGUACCAGAGGGAGAUCAUCGAGAAGGCCUUGGAAAGGGACGAGGGAGAGGAGGCGGGAGAGGUGGCGGCAAACGUGGAGGGACACGAAACGGCGUGGUAUGGGAGGGACAUGUCCGAGGAAGAGGAGGAAGAAGAACAAGACGAGGAGGAGGAGGAGGAAGAGGAGGUGCGCGCUGAAGAGCUAUACGACGCGGAGUGGUACGAGGAGCUGGGAUACCGGGGCGAGGACCUGGGCCACAACGAGCAGGCGGUGACGGCGAGCGGAGGAGGAGGAGGAGGCGUUCUUUCCUCCCCUGUUCGUGUCCCCGAGGCAUUGUCGGUGGGUCUGGCGGCCGUAGACAAGGCAGCCGCCGUCAACAUGUCUCCGGCGACUCCCAACACCAAGCGUGACGUCACGUCGAAACAACAGGUCAGCAAGACCGGCUCGCGCUCGUCGCGCCCGGGCAACAGCAGAGUCAGCAGAACGGCGGCCCGGGCCAAGAAGAGCGCCAAGGAGAAGGAGGAGGAGGACGCCGCCGCCGCUGUCGCCGCGGCUGCGGGCGGCGAGGGGGCCUACCAGCUGUUCGCCCGCCUGGUGGGGGUGGGUUCGCUUGGCGCGCCGUUGUGACCUCGUUGAGCCCGUUGC